AUGUCAACCUAUAAGCUGCUCGCUUCUCAUUCUUCAUUUCCUUCUCUUCCUCUCCAUAUCUCCCUCUUGUCCAUAAUUCUCUUUUACAUAUCAGUGUCCCUUAGUCAUAUACUUCUCUUUAUUUAUUCACCUUCUCUCUUACUUUUUCUAUCUUAUUCUCCCCACUCAGUGAUUUUAUUCUUUUCUCCCACUUUACGUUUUAUUGUAUCGCUUCCCCUCUUCUCUAUAUCAUUAUUCAACUGUUAUAUCUUUUUUCUCUCUUUUUUCUUCCCCACUUUACUUCAUCAACAUCUUUCUAUUGUCUCUUAUUUAUUAUUCUCCUUCUCCUCCUCUUCUUUUAAUCUUUCUUCUUAUUUUCCAUUACACACUUUGCUUGCACCCUUUACUUCUCAUUCUUUCUCUCUUCCCGUCUUUUCUCUCAUGACCCACUCACUGUUUAUUUAUACUCUCUUUUUCUUCACUGAAUUCUUUUGCGGUUACUUUCUUUCAUUGUUUUUAUCUUAUUUCCUCCUCUUAUCUCCUCUUUUAUUUUCUCUCUCUAACUCACUCGUCCCUCUCUUCUUCUCCAUUCACUUUCUAUAUUCCCCCCUCUCUUUCUCACUCUCUCUCUCUCUCUCUUUCUCUCUUAUUUCCCGCCUCUUCUACAAUUACUCUUUUGCUCGCUAA